AAGAAUAUUAAAAAAAAAAAAAAAAAAAAAAAAAAAUUCCAUAUCUUUUCCCGCACCUGUGGUGAAAGUGGCUUGAAAGACAGCGUCCGCGACUUCAAAUCUCAGUGCAAUAGAUCGCAUUUGAUCGUGGCUGUAGUGAGUGCUUGUUCGGUAAAGGCGAAACAGUUAUCCGAUUAGGCAUACACCCAUUUGGCUGCCCCAUCUCUUCUCAUUAUUGCAGAAAAUUUCGAGAAUCAUGUCAACAAAUGAAUGGGAAAAUAACGAUGAAAUUAAUUAUUUACGGGAUUACUUGAGAUUAGCAAGCGUUCAUCCAUCUCCCGAUUAUAAAUCAUGUGUUGAGUUUUUGAAAAGACAAGCCGAUCUAUUGGAUCUGCCAGCGAAAAUCUAUUAUCCAGUAAAUAAAGAAAAUCCAGUGGUAGUAAUUUCUUGGUACGGUACCGAUCAGGCUGCAAAGUCUAUACUACUCAAUUCGCAUAUGGAUGUGGUGCCAGUUUAUCCCGAGAAUUGGACUCAUCCGCCAUUUGCUGCAGAAAUGGAUAAUCAAGGUCGUAUCUAUGCACGCGGUAGUCAAGAUAUGAAAAGUGUUGGCAUGCAAUAUUUGGCAGCUCUAAGAGCUCUUAGGAAGCAAGGUCUUCACUUCAAACGCACUAUACACGUAACUUUUGUGCCAGAUGAAGAAAUGGGUGGACGCUUGGGUAUGAAACCGUUUGUUGAGACGGGUGCCUUUAAAUCGCUAAAUGUCGGUUUCGCUUUGGACGAAGGUUUGGCUACCCCAAAUGAAGAGUUCGCUCUAUAUAAUAGCGAGCGGUCUGUUUGGCGCGUUUACUUUCAAAUAUCGGGAAACGCUGGCCACGGCUCACUGUUACUACCGAAAACACCAGGUGAAAAAUUGUUUUAUAUUCUCGAUAAAAUGAUGACCUAUCGCACCGAACAGGUGAAAAGAUUGGAAAAUGAUAGAAAAUUAAAAAUUGGUGACGUCACUACAAUUAAUCUAACUAAAAUAAGUGGUGGAGUGCAAAGUAAUGUUAUACCACCGAAAAUGAUGUUAUGUUUCGAUGUCCGCCUCGCUCUCGAUGUCAAUCAUAAGCAAUUUGAAUGUAAGCUUGAAAAAUUGUGUGAAGAAGCAGGAGGAGAUAUUAAAAUAGAAUAUGAGCAAAAGCAACCCCGGAUUGAGCCAACUGCUACUAAUGAUACCAAUCCUUAUUGGGUGGCUUUUAAAAAAGCCACAGAUGAGAUGAAUUUAAAAAUUGUACCGCAAGUUUUCCCCGGCGGAACAGAUAGCCGUUACAUACGGGCGCUUGGUAUACCUGCUAUAGGAUUCUCGCCCAUGAAUAACACCCCUGUUUUGCUACACGAUCAUGAUGAGUUUAUUGCGGCCGAUGUAUAUUUAAAGGGCAUUAAAAUUUAUCAAAAUAUUAUUAAAAGCUUAGCGGACAGCUAGAAUUUUUGCGUUUCAUAAAAGAUGUUGGAAAUUUAUGCAUAUAUCCUUUUCCCGGUAAUAAACUCAAUUAUUUGGAAACCAAGUCUUUAACGA